AUGUGCUGUGGCUGUCCCGUUGACGCCUCGUCAUUCACUUAUUCAACAAUGAAUCUCCACGCAAGAGACUCCGGAUCUACUAUUAUUUACGAAGAUGAGGAUUUGAGCUUGCUGGAGUUAGCCGCCAGCAAUGACCUAGAUAGUUUUAGACGAGGCGUCGAAUUUCUACGGAAGCCAUUGACUGAAUGCGAGUCAUGGUAUUGUCGUCAGAAUGGCUCCACCAGAAUGGCUCUUGCUCAGCGAACCCCAGCCAUGAUUGCUUGCCUAUUCGGCAGCCUAGAUAUUUUAUCAUAUAUUUUUAUUGAAGCACGGAGCCGCGGUAUAGAGUGCAACAUUAACCAGGCGAGUCCUUCCGACGGCAGCACAGCUCUUCAUUGUGCAGCGUUGGGUGGAAGCCCCAGAGCAGUGGAGGUGGUUUCGUUCCUUCUCCGUCACGGAGCCGAAAAAGAUGCUGUUGACCGUGACGGAAAACGUCCAGUCGACGUCAUCGCAGUCUCCCCGAAGCUUCCUCACGUCAAAUCCGCCCUGGAGCGCCUUCUCAAAUCCUCCUCGUCUGCCGGUCCUGACCCGAUCUACCACCGUCCAUCUCCGUUCAUCAUCGUCCAAUCAGCGGCGUCCUCGUCUCCACCGUUCGAAUCUCCGUCAUCACCCAACUCCCAUUCCGCAUCGCCCAACAUGCUCUCUCCCGCCACCUCCAGCAGCAGCGAUCUCUCGUCUAACUCCACCGGACUCGACGUGCUUGCGCCCACCACUCCAUCCACCGGCGCGGGUGUCGUCGACUCAUCCAUGGCGGAUAUGAAGAGCAGCGUGUACGCUUCGGACGAGUUUCGGAUCUACAGCUUCAAGGUGCGGCCGUGCUCGCGCGCGUACAGCCACGACUGGACGGAGUGCCCGUUCGUGCAUCCGGGGGAGAACGCCCGCCGGCGCGAUCCGCGCAAGUUUCACUACAGCUGCGUGCCGUGCCCGGACUUCCGCAAGGGGUCGUGCAGGAGGGGGGACUCGUGCGAGUACGCGCACGGCGUGUUCGAGUGCUGGCUGCACCCCGCGCAGUAUCGAACCAGACUCUGCAAGGACGGCACCAGCUGCUCCCGCCGCGUCUGCUUCUUCGCGCACACGUCCGAGGAGCUCCGCCCGCUGCAGAGCCCCGCCGCGGGCACACCCGCCAACAUGUUCGCGCACUCCCCCGCGGACAUGCGCGCAGUUACCGCCUCCGCGGACCUCCCUCCGCCUUCCCCCUCAUCCGUCCGCAUGAUGUCGCAGUUUGCGCCGCAUAGCGCAACCAGCUCCUCCCCCACUACCCCCAUGUCCCCCACAAUCGCCUCGUUUUCCGCGUCCGGGAAGUGCAUGCCGGGGGGGAGUCAGUCCGCGGGCGGGGGGGGAGGCGCGGGGGGACACGGGGGAACUGCGCCGCUGAACUUGCCGUCGGGGGUGAAUCUGAUGCGCCUCCGCGCGGCGCUGAAUGCGCGCGAGCUGACCAUUCCGGAGGAGACUGAGGAGGCGCUAGAGGCUCUGGAAGCUUCCUUGCUGCAGGAGCAGCAACAGCAGCAGCAGCAGCAGGGGCAGCAGCAGAACUCACCACUUUCUCGACCAACUCUGCAGCAACGGCAGCAGCAGCAGCAGCAACAGCAGCUGCAGCAACAGCAGCAGCAACAACAGCAGCAGCAACAGCAACAGCACCGUUGGCAGCAGCAGCAGCAGCAGGAGCAGCAAAGGUACUGGAACCAGCAACUGCAGCAACACCAACAACUUCAGCACCACUCUCCACCGCAGCACAUCCUCCAAGACCACCUGGAAUCCAUCACAAGAGCCGACCUCGGCGCAGCACGAGUCACCACCGACCUGGGUGAACUAUCCCUCGCCCGCCAGGGCAGAUCCCCAGGUUUGCCUUUCCACCAGCUCCAGGACGCGCCGUCCCGUUAUGAGCCGUCUCAGAACUCGCUAGGAAAUGACCUGUCCCUCGGGCGAAACCCGGGGAGAAACUCGGGCGUGAGUUAUCAGCUCCAGGAUGCGCCGUCCCCCGGCCCUGGUAGGGGCGCGCAGCAGCCUUACAGCCCCUUACGUCCCGACGUCGUUACAGGGGAUAUGGGCGGUGUGGGUGGGGGAGUCGCGGGUAUGAGCAGCGGCGGAAUGGGUAUGGGAAUCGGGGGCGGCGGUAUGGGGGGCGGGGGUAUGGGGAUGGGGGGUGGCGGCAUGGGCAUGGCAAGUGUAGGUGCAGGGGGUCAGAUGGGCGCUGGUGCAGGCAAUGUCCCGUCCAGUCCUGGACGAUUAGGCAUGACUUUGUCAGGGGAAGGCUCACGACUAGGGCCUGUGAGUGGCUCUUCAAGCCCCUCUCUUGCUGCACCUAGAACGUAUGGGGGUGCUGGCAGUGAUGGUGGCAUGGGGGGAACAGAUGGGGGGAUGUUUGAUGAUAAGGCAGCUGCAGCAACAGCAACAGCAGCAACAGCAACAGCAGCAGCAGCAACAGCAACAGCAGCAGCAGCAACAGCAACAGCAGCAACAGCAACAGCAGCAGCAACAGCAACAGCAGCAGCAGUUCAGGAGUGA